AUGCGGGGAGUUGUGUACCAGGGCAAUCCUUUUCAGAUGACUGUGCAGAACCUUCCAAUGCCAGUGAUUCAAAACUCCACCGAUGCUGUUGUUCGUAUCACGAUGUCUGCACUAUGUGGGUCGGAUCUUCACGUUUAUCACGGAGUGGCCGGUGGCACGCCACCUUGGACAAUGGGUCAUGAAGCGGUUGGCUAUAUUGAGCAAAUUGGGGGCGCGGUUUCAGCAUUCGAUGUGGGUGACUACGUGAUCAUACCUGAUACGGCAAACCACGGGCAAAUUCAGAUGGAGCCUGAAGUGCUCGAGUAUUUCGGGAAUGGAGCAGCGCUGUCCGACGGUCUUCAAGCUCAAUACGCCAGGAUCCCAUUUGCGGAUGCAAAUCUUAUCCCCAUUCCAGUCACCGCCAACACCACAAAUGUGACAGUUGAACAGGACUAUCUCACCGUUUCGGACAUUUUCGGUACUGCAUGGACAGCGCUUGAUUUUUCGGGCUUUGAGCCAGGUGAUACUGUUGCCGUGUUUGGCGCUGGACCAGUGGGCCUGCUUGCCGCUUACUCUGCUAUUAUGCGCGGUGCAUCGCGGGUAUACUCAGUUGACCAUGUUCCUAUGCGGCUGGAACGUGCAGUCUCAAUUGGGGCUAUUCCGAUCAACUUUGCCGAAUCCGAUCCAGUUGAACAAAUCCUUGCGCUCGAGCCAUCCGGCGUUAUGCGCUCAGUUGACUGUGUUGGUAUGGAAGCGUUGAAUCCUCAGUUGGAGCAUCAGCAAGACAUCAUUGUCCAGCAAAUGAUUUCUGCCACUCAUGUUGGAGGUGGGAUCGGUCAAGUCGGUGUCUGGAUGGCCCAGGAGGAUUCUCCAGGCGCGCCUCUAGGGCACCUCAUGUCUCCCAGCAUGGACUUCCCUUUGUCUGACUUCUUCUCGAAAAGGCUCAAGUUUCAAGCUGGACCAGUUGAUCCCAAGGCAAUAGCCCCGCACCUGGUCGAGAUGAUUCACACCGGUAAAGCACACCCGAGCUUUAUAGAAUCCGCAACGAUCGACAUUGAAGAAGUGCCGGCAUACUACGAGCGAUUCAACCGCACAGAGGAGUUAAAAGUGUAUAUCCGGUUCCCAUAA